UAGUUUUCUUGAUUUUUUUGCAAAUGGCCAAAUAUUUUCACACCACUAUUUUACAGCUCUCCUGAAAUAAAUUGUCACUAAAAUGUACAGUCACACAUUACACACAAAUGUUCUUUCUCUCUCUCUUUCUCUCUCUCUCUCUCCCUCUAUCUCUCUCUCUCUCUCCCUCUCUCUCUCUCUCUCUCUCUCUCUUUCUCUCUCUUUUUCCCCCUUCACAGUGUUGGUCAUUAUUUUCUUACUGAUGACUUCUGACUCCUGAAUGGCUGCUGUAAAGAAUCAAGGUGAAUAUAUGAUUGAUAAAAGGAUUACAUCACUUUGAAAAUUUACUUUUUCAGAUAUCUCUCACCAAUUAUACCAUCUUGCAAGAGUUGAAGAAGGCAGGGAAGUUCCUUGUACUUUUUGCAUGUCCUUCUACAGGAAGUCAAGCAAUGACAAGGACUCUGACUGUGAAGGUACCGCCUUCUCCCCUGCACAGUUUCCCGGAGCCCCACCGGCAAACGACACAUAUUAUCUGAGGCAAUGAGACCCGAAGGAGGAGACGAUGUUCUGUGGAGGCUGGAUCCUUUUCUUCCUGGCCACAGGGGCAGGCACUGAAAAGCUGGAUUGGGCAGACUGCCCCCAUGAUGGUCCUGCUUGGAGAUACCGUGCUAUGGCCGAGGAGAAAUUUUACCUGUUCUGUGCUGAACCACCCCACGGUCAAAGUCCUCUCUUACACAAGGAUGUCCCGGCCCUGAGACAGGGCAUGUGCCAUGAAAAAAAAUGCAACCACUCUGCAGUGCGAUGGUUCCAACAACUCCAGAAUAGUAAAGAUCCCCAAGACAUUAGCGGCAUGAAGGGCCCUGACAUCAAACAGGAGAGGAAUGCACUUUGCUUCCGUGCAGUAAAGAGUGAAGAUGCUGGACUGUACUUCUGUACAAUCAGGUCUCCUGCAGGACGAUCCAGUUGCGUCAAGAUGAUCUUAGAUGUUCAGCCAAAGUCAAAGUCACCCUGUUGGGGCUCUGGACCAAACCUGGUAGACUUCCUCAUUGGGAGCCAAAAUUCAAUUUCUUGCCCCGGUUUCCAUUGCCAGCAUGAUUCACUCAAGUCAGCCGUGAAGUGGUACAGGAUUGAAAAGCCUUUUUCUCUUCCCAUUGAGAACAGUAGAGUCCAUUUGAAAGAAACCUAUAAAGAUCACCGUGGAACCUAUGUGUGUGAUUAUGUCCAGUCUAAUAACAGCAGUUGGUGGACGGUGAGGUCUGUUGUUCAAGUGAGGACUGUUGUGGCGUUUACUGAAAUGAAACCAGACAUUUUGGAGCCCAUAGAGAAGACCCUGGAAGUAGAACUAGGAAAGCCUUUUGCCAUCAACUGCACUGUCCGUUUUGGAUUUCAAAACUCUUCUCUCCCCCCCCAGCUGGUAGAAUGGUACGCGGAUGACAAGGAACCACUUCUGCAAAAAGAAACUUGUAAACUUACAAGCACAGAGGAGCUCAAAAUCUGCAAAGAGGUCAGACUAAUAAAAGUAACUCCAAAAGAUCUUCACAGAACGUUCCGUUGUUUUGCUCAGAAUGCUAACGGGAAAGUUGUCCAAGUCAUCCAACUGAAAAAAAAAUUGCCCAGAAAAAAAGGAGGGACUUUGACCUACGUGUUAUGUGGCACCAUCACCAUGCUUCUUGCAGUCCUGGUGGCAAGUGCUCUCAUCUGCUUGUACUGGAUCGAAAUCAUCCUGCUAUACCGGCGCUGUUGGGCCAAGGAUGAAACGCUGUGGGAUAGGAAAGAGUUUGAUGCCUUCGUGUCAUAUGCUAAGUCAGAUUCUUCUGAAAGCUCGGACUCUCUGCCUCUCAGUGAAGAAAGCUUUGCACUAGAUUUUCUCCCCAGUGUGCUGGAAAACAAGUAUGGCUACAAACUGUGUUUGUUUGAAAGAGAUAUGCUUCCUGGAGGAGCCUACACCGAUGACAUUGUGACUGUAAUUAAACAGAGCAGGAGGGGAAUCUUCAUCCUGAGCCCCAACUACUUCAGUGGACCCAGCAUCUUUGAGCUGCAAGCUGCAGUAAAUUGUGCUUUAGGAGAUGAAACACUAAAGCUUAUUUUAAUUAAAUUUCAUCCCUUCAAAGAGCCAGCUCACUUACCUCACCUGGUGAAGAAAGCCCUCAGUGUUUUACCCAUGAUUCCCUGGAAAGGUUUGAAAUCUGCUUCCGCCAACUCCAGGUUUUGGAGUUCAGUACGCUACCAUAUGCCAGUGAAAAACUCGAGGAGACUAAGGAGCACAGAGCUGAAGAUUUUUCCAAGAAAGGAUUCACAUGAGGAGAAACCCUUGAAAGAAACUCAUGGUACCGAUAAGGGAGACAAGGAAGGAACUCAAAGAUCAUAAGCUGUCUGUGGACAGGGAACUUGUCUGCCAACUCUUGCACUGUAGGCUACUAAGUGUUUAUUUCAGUGCUCUGCACUCAGUAAGCACACACUAUAUACCACUGGUUGAUUGAACUCAAACGGAGUUUCUCACCAUUCUAGAUGAUGCUGCAAUGAUGUCAAUCAGUCAGCCAAUAUUUAUGCUGUUGUUGUCAGAAGAACAUCAACAAGAUGAAAGGAAUAAUUUUAACACUUAGGUUUCUUGUACCAUCCAAGAUGAGGAGGCUGUAGUUACCAUUCAUGUAACUACAUUAAUGUCAAGGGUAAUGCAUUCUUCAAUCAUUGUCAAUUUAUAUGUUUUUCACCAUAAAGUGAUUUGUGACUCCACUGCUUUUUAAUUUACCACUUCCUGAAUAUCAUGCAACAGUGUUCUAUGCCUAUAUACUGAUCAUCAUGACUGAUAGAGGAUAAAUGAAAUAUUUCUUCUGGAAACUUU